GCCAGUCUUGAUUGAAGACGGAGCACCAUAACUUACCUGGAUUUCAAGUGUAUGCUUGAAGGAUGUUGAGGGCCUUGCUGAUUGUUGUGCUCUGUGGGGCGUCGAUGGCCCUGACGGACCCAAACCUGGACCUCCACUGGCAGAUGUGGAAGAAAACUCACUACAAGUCCUAUGAGAAUGAGGUUGAGGAGUUGGGCAGGCGAGAGCUGUGGGAGAGGAACCUGAAAUUGAUCACCCUCCACAAUCUGGAAGCUUCUAUGGGCAUGCACACAUAUGACCUGGGCAUGAAUCACAUGGGAGACCUGACGACUGAGGAAAUCCUGCAGCACUUUGCGGGGACUCGAGUGUCAAAGAACCUGAAAAGAGGACCCACAGAAUUUGUUAGCACAGAUGGGGUGUCACUCCCUGACUCCAUUGACUGGAAGGAAAAGGGAUACGUCACAGAUGUAAAGAACCAGGGGUCUUGUGGUUCCUGCUGGGCAUUCAGCGUAGCUGGGGCUCUGGAGGGCCAAAUGAAGAAAACCACAGGACGUCUGUUCUCUCUCAGUCCUCAGAACCUGGUGGACUGCUCCUCCAAGUAUGGGAACUUGGGCUGCAAUGGGGGAUACAUUGACAUGGCCUUUAAAUAUGUUGUUGAGAAUGGCAUAGAAUCUGAUGCAUCUUAUCCUUAUGUUGGUGUGCAACAACAAUGCCAUUACGAUCCUUCAAAGCGUGCUGCCAAUUGUUCUUCUUAUAACUAUGUAGCUCAAGGAGAUGAACAAGCACUGAAGGAAGCAGUGGCCACCAUUGGCCCAAUCUCUGUUGUCAUAGAUGCCACUCGCCCUCAGUUUAUCCUGUAUCGUAGUGGUGUUUACAAUGAUCCAUCUUGCACUCAACGCAUAAAUCACGCAGUCCUGGCAGUAGGUUAUGGGACACUGAACGGACAAGAUUAUUGGCUGGUGAAAAACAGCUGGGGAACAACCUUUGGAGAGGGCGGUUACAUUAAAAUGUCACGGAAUAAAGGAAACCAGUGUGGCAUCGCUUCAUACGCCUGGUAUCCAAUCAUGUGAACAGUGGGAAAACACACACACAAAAACGUUUUUAGUAAUUUGCUGUAUCAACUUGCAACCAAUGACAAGUUUGAUUCUGUUUAUACUUUUGUAUUAAAGAUUUUUUAACAGAA